CUCUGGCCCGCUGAAUUCGGCGCGAAGCAUCCAAACAGAGAGACGGUUUGUUUCGUUGGAGUAGUAUCGAGUCUUACGUUCUGUGUUAAUCGUCCAUUGCUUUGAUCCAGAAUGACAGAAGCAGCUGUGAAAAACACAAACUGCAUAACACUUAAAGGAUCAGCUAAACUUGUUGCGGAAUAUCUGAAUUAUGGGAUUAACAGUAUAUUGUAUCAGAGAGGUAUUUAUCCCUCGGAAACGUUCAGCAGUGCUGAGUACUUCGGUGUUACUAUUCUUAUGUCCCAGGACGAGAAAGUUAAAGAUUUUCUUAAGGAGGUACUUGGCCAAGCUCAAGAGUGGUUGUUGAAUAAGAAAGUGGAAAAAAUUGCACUCACAAUCACUGAUGUGGACACCAAAGAAAUCAUGGAAAGAUGGGAUUUCAAAGUCCAGUACGAGAAUAGUUCGAGUUGUGACAAUCCAGACAAAGAAAUUGGAAACAAAGAUCUUCAGGUCAUUCAGAGAGAAAUAAGAGAUGUGCUGCGACAAAUCGCGGCGUCCAUUAGCUAUUUACCAUUAUUGGAUUGUAUAUGUUCGUUUGAUGUUUUGAUAUACACUACUGCUGACUGUGAAGUGCCAGAGAAAUGGAAUGAGACAGAGCCUGCAUUUAUAACAAACUCGCAAGAAGUAAAGCUGCGCACAUUUUCCACAUCAUUACAUCGUGUAGACACUUUAGUGAGCUACAAAGCUAAUACGUAAUGAGAUGUGUGAGAACCAUAUGGACAUUUAUUUAUUCAUAGUUACAGUGCAGCACACAUUGUACUGUAAAUUGAUAUGACUGAUCAGAUUUUUAGGUGUAACUCACUUGUAAAUAUACACAUUUAUUAAAAAUUUCCCAUUCUCAGUUUUUAUACAUAAAUUUAGAAAGAGUUUAAAUGUUGCUUAUUUUGUAUAGACCUAUUUUAGUCUCAUAUUCAAUGUAGUAAAUUCAAAUAACACUGUUCCAUUCAAGUUUGCGUGAAGUUCUACAGUGUAUAGUAGCUUUGUAAUACAUCACAUUUUAUGUUUGGAGAGAGCUCAAGGGUGUUUUUUUUUAUUGCUUUGUUUUAGAAUAUUAAACAUUUGUAUUUGUGAAUGAAUGUUUUGUAUAGUUUUAAAAGAUGACAAUUUUGCUAAUACAGAGU